UCAACAGUCGGCUCCAGGGCAGGGGGGCCUGGCGGCGUGAGUGGCCCAGACCUUCAAAUUUAUUUUCUGUAUGUGGCCCUCGGGAGAAAAAGUUUGGACACCCCUGCUCUAGAUAAAUAGCUGUGUAUAUUGUUGACAAACACAUUUGCCAGAAAUCUCCUAUUUCCUCUCAUCAAACUGCCAGCAUCUACUUUUAAUGUCAACUAUUUGACACUGAAGGUAAAUUCAAGAUUUAAUUGAAGAGCCUGCCAGUGUUUAUCAGCUGCAAUGGUCAGAAUUGUUCACAGUUUUUCCAGCAGAACCUGCUAAGGAGCUAAGUACAGAAUUUCCAUAUUAAUUUUAUGGACAGAGAAAGAUCAUAAAAUGUCUCAACUAUGAGGGUAGAAAUAGAAUGGUUGUGUCUUAUUAUAAAAACAGUGACUAAUUUGAAUGGAGAAGCAGGUUUAUGGUAAAGUGUAUCUUGGGAAUGUAUCUGAUGAAACCAAAUGGUUUAUGAAUAGCUCAAUCUUCAAUUACGCACAGUCUUUUUUCAUUCUUUUACACACCAGAUCUCAAUGUUUAUAUGGGGACAUCACUGGACUUUAGGCUUCAGGUGAGCAGAAAGACACAGAGCGGAUGGACAUGCAUCAUUAAAUUAUCUGCAACAUCAGAUGCAAGAGGCCAGAAGUAGUGGAAAGGAGAUAAAAACCCAGUAGAUCUCAGGGUAGAUGUGGCCACAGAUAUGAGUAGUAGAGUGAAACUGAUAGGUUCAACAGCUUUAAUUAAUUUAUCAACCAUACCAGCGAGAUCAGACACAUCAGAUAAAAAGCUACUGUGGGUCACUGGUCUAGCGAGAUGCAAUACAACAGUCAAGGUACAGUAUUCACUCCAGUAAACACUUAUAAUGCAUAAUGCAGCCAGUAGUUUAAUAUAAUAUGUUGCAAGUGUUGAAACACAGCAUACAUAUAUGCACUACAUAUCGAGUAAAAAAUUUAAAUCACAGCUUUACAUAUUUUAAGAUGAAUGUGUUUGUUGAUCUGAGAAAACUCUCCCCUCCAGUCAUACACUUUACACAGCUAAGAUGACAUCAUCAGUUGGAGCCGCAGGGACUAGUGAUCCUUGUUGCUGAUAGGCUGAGUGAGAAAAGGGUUGGGACUUCAUUAAUAAAACCAUGAAACACACAUGAAGUGUCAAACCAAAACAGUGAGCAGUCUGAGAGAAAAGACAACAUUACAGCAGUAGAAACCUGACCAGAGGAAAACAAGGUAAGAUGGUCUUCCUUUUUCUUCCUGAGACAUGUAACACAAUGAAGAACAUAUGACAAGAUGAGGUACGCACUGAAUGGACACAUGGGGAGAGUCGGCUGAGGUAUUGCAACCUUUUAUUACAUAUUUAGAACAGUUGACAAAGCUAUGUAUUAUAAUUUUAUGGCAACCACUCUAUAGACCUUUAUAGUUAUAUGUAGUUUUAUGGGUGUAAUGUUGGAAUUAUGUGUCUGUGUCUAUGGUUUGUGCCAUGUAUAUGUUGUAUUUGUGCAUUGAACUAUUUUGUUGCAUUGCCUCAAGUUCAUUAUUAAUAUAGUUUAUAUUGUGUAAUAAUUAGUGCAGCAGGUUAUAGUACGGACUAUCCGUAUGCUCUCAUUACCUAAAACAAGACGUGCUGAAUAAUUCAAAAGUUAUAUUACAGCUUAUGUGAUGAUUGAAUUCAUGGCACAUCAUUUUUCCGACAGGAGCUGCUUCUCAAUCCUAAAAUAAUUUUGAAUGUUUUCCAGAAAAUUGCAGAUUUUUGCAAUUCUGCUACUUUCCCAAAAUACGUUCACCAUUAUAGAUUUGGCUGUUGUAGGAAAACACAAGCGUAGUUAUGGUAACCAUCGGUUACCUGGGUGACUCACUGAGCCCCACGCCUUGUCUGAAACAUGGAGAGGGAGGCACAGCGUGACCGGCUCAUUCCUCAUACUACACACCCUUUCCCGAACAAAUAUUCAUGCUGAUAUCAUCAUUGAAGUAAGCCGUUUACUAAGCCGGUGUAAUUUCUCAUUCAGUGGUUUUAUGCAUUGGUUGAGAAACAGGUGGGAAAGAUCCAGUAAAUGUCAACAUACUGGAAUCCAGGUUGCAGGUUCAAGUUGAACCUAAUGCUUGCAGAAUUGCAUUAAAAUGCAAUCAAAUAUCUAGCAAAGAACAUCUGUUCAAAUGUUGCCAAGUGGGCACUUAAAUCACCAAAUAUUGAAAGAGUUGAGGAUGUGUUUUUGUGUAGAAGAUAACUUCCUUUUCUAACGAUAUGAGUUUCUUGGAAAAAACGGUUUAUGAUGAGUCUGUUUUGCAAAGAGGAAAAAAAUCGAGGCUGUAAUUCCAGGAUAUUGUAACUGAUCUCUCUCCAUUGUAUUUGUGUCUUUCGUUGUCACAGAAGACGGUGAGCUCUCCUAACAUGAUGCCUACAGCUAAAGGCAUGUCCCACAUGCUUCCCAACCAUGUUCUGAGAGUGGGUCAAACUAUUCGCCUGGACUCUGCUCAGGAGACAGUCAAUAGUCAGCCCAAUGGUAACCAUGGUGAGGCUGAUCUCGACAUCUCCCUGAAUAAUCUCAACCAGCUCAUCCUAGACUUGGAUCCGACAUUUGAACCCAUUUCAGUCAACAAAAGUCCGUCUUGCAUCAGCCCUACCGCAGAUGAAGAUAUCUCCCACUGCGUGUUGGUCUCUAGAGGAUGCACCCCACAUACCAUGGUCCAGUCUGUGUCACCCAGUAUACCCAUCCCUUCACGACCCGGCCCGCCGGUAUUCUCCAGCUCCCCAACAUGCUCACUGCCUCCGCUGCCAUGUGGAAGUGCACCCCGACGAAUUCCCUCAACAAAGCAGGACAUGGCGUUUUCGCAAGGAUCCUUCUUGCCAAACCCCAACAGAAACAGUGGCAUCUCGCUCCUCUCCAUGUCAACAUGCUCAGACACCAGCUACAUCCUUGGCAGCACCCUGUCCUUGGCCAGUGAAGAUGCUGACUCUCCAGAGUCCAACCUUACCGGUACGUCCGGCUCCUUCAGUGAUGUGUCCCCGAUGAGGCUGUUUGAUAACAGGGACAGCGCAGACAGGCCUUCGCUAAAAAAACAGGGACAUCUGCAGGACCUCCAGAGCAAAGGAGCACAGAGCAGUCCAGCUUCACUCAACGGGUCUUUGACUGACAUCCCUGUACUGUUGGUGAAUGGUGCACCAGAACCAAAUCUGCACAUCAAUUCUCCUGGAUCAGAAAUGGACUUGAUACAGACUGUAACUGUGUCCCCCUCGAAGCCAUUCUCCCCUCACAGUUUCCGGGCCCAUUUUAAUGGCAGUCAGCCCUCAAUGAAAUUUGUCAUGGACACUUCAAAGUUUUGGUUCCUUCCACAUAUCACCAGAGCAGAAGCUGAAGGUCUGGUAAAAGACAAGGAAGCAGGAACAUUUGUGGUGAGAGACAGCACCUCUUACAGAGGCAGUUUCGGCCUGGCCAUGAAGGUGGACCAAAGUCCCACCAACUUCACUCCUUCCACCUACCCAGGAGAGAGCAGUUCAGACGUUGUCAGACACUUCCUCAUUGAAUCAUCAACUAAGGGCGUUCGGGUCAAAGGCUCUUCUCAGGAACCCUACUUUGGAAGUCUCUCAGCCCUGGUCUACCAGCACACUAUCUCCGCUUACGCUUUACCCUGCAAAUUACUGCUCCACUCUCAAGAUCUGGGCACAGCAGAGCAAAAGACAAAUGACAAACCAGCCCCAGACGGCAAGAGUAAAACGGCAUGCAACUUCAUCUACCUGAAUGCUGUUCCCACCGAGAUGCUGACGGGCCCUUGUGCCGUUCAGAAGGCAGUGUCCUCAACAUUUGGGAAGGUCUCGGGGUCCUUCAUACCAACCGUGGUCAAUCUGAAGGUGUCGUUGAAGGGUGUAACACUGACAGAUAUCAACAGGAAGCUUUUCUUCAGACGCCAUUACCCUGCUCACCUGCUUAGCUACAGUGGUGAAGAUCCAGACAAUAGAUUGUGGAUUAAAGGUUCCACAUUUGGUGCAAGGAUGUUUGGCUUUGUGGCCAAAGGCAUCGAGGCUGGUGCGGAGAACGUAUGCCAUGUCUUUGCAGAGUAUGACCGACUGCAGCCUUGCAACAAGGCUGUCGAGGUUAUUCAGGCAGCCAUAGCCAACCAUUAAACACACAAGCACUGAUACAACUCAAACAGCUUGCAGCGUUAAGGCUCUAUUUAAUGCUGUCUGUAUGUACUGUCCUUUUCUCAAGUAAUCUCUUCAGCACCAGAAAAAUGUAGACGCAAAGAGCUUAGCAUUUUUUUUACAUGGUCAGAUGAUUAAAGUCAUCGAAAAGGCAGUUGCAACCACAGCAUAUGUUGUAUGAAGACUGAAGACUGAGGAGUGGUCUAAAAAGAAGAGACAGGGCACCAAUGUAUAGUAUGAUUGUAAUUAAAUGGCACACUGCUACACAACAUCACUGAUCUCUCGCUGAAUAUAUGAAGCUGCCCAGAAAAUCAUACAAUGUGUUAUUGUGUAAAAUGUUAAAACCAACAUCUUGCAUAUUCAGGGGGGUGCAGCAGUGUAUUGUGUCUUGUUUUUAACGUUGAAUGAAUACAAUGGAAAUUGAAGUUUAAAUGUGUUCAGCUGUCUGAAAUAUAAAUCAGUGAGGGAAUUUGAAUGUUCUUUAAUGAAAAGCACUUGAAAUAUUGUUAUGUCCUUUAAUUUCAAAGCAGAGUUUUUGCAUAAUGUAUUUAUUAUACUGCACUGUAAACAAUUUCUUUCUGUAUAUUAAUGAUACUAUUUUUCAAAUUGAUACAAUUAAAAGCUACACAUUGAA